AUGGGGCCCCCGGGCAAUAGGGGAUCAUGGGGCCCCUGUGUCCUUGCCCAAACUCAAAAAAGCUUAUGAAAAAGGUACCAGGGGCAUCUCAUGGGGCCCCCUGACCCCAGGCAGUGCCAGAGAUUCCAAAUGGUCAGUCCACCCCUGUGUGAGACAGAGGUAAUUUUUUUCUGGGGUGGAGUGACAAAUAAUCCCAUGGCAAUAGGGGAUCAUGGGGCCCCUGUGUCCUCGCCUACACUCAAACCACAUCCAAAAAAGCCUAUGAAAGGUACCAGGGACACCCUACUGACCCCGGGCCCUCAGGCAGUGCCCGAGUGCCCCAAAUGGUCAGUCUGCCCCUGCUUGCAGCCAAACGUGAGC